AUCGUGCACCGCAUUGCACAGCCUCAAUCCUUGCUGGUGAUUAUAUGACGCGCCUCAUACGCAUACCAAUAACUAAGGUAUUUUAUAUUUGCAUUCAUUAUUGCUCAUCAUAAAUUGAUUGAAUUCCUGGGAAAAGAUUAACACCAUCAACAUUUACCUCAGAAAGAGGAUUUUCAUCGAGAUGUGCUUCAUUUUCACAUGUGGAGAACAUGGUAUGAGAGCUUCCAUCAUUAAGAGUUCAUUAUUCUUUAGCUAACACUUACCUAGAGUUCUCUUCCCAGCUUCAAGGAUAUGAGAAUGUAUUAUGCCAAUGUCAUAACUGCGUAUGUCUUCGUUUAACUCAUCACUCUUUCAACAUCUGAUUUAUUUGAUUAGGGAAAUUAUUCGGCCAAAGUCAUAAAGAGACAUCCGUGGUUUACCUUCUGCUUCAUUCCAGUUUUGCCGUUGAGCUUCCAUGCCUACGAGGAUGUCGUCUGCUCGAUCUGCAAUUUCGCGCAACCACUUCAAAAUCGACCAGACGUACAAUCUCAAAUAAAUGGAGGAGGUCAAGUGCCAUUACAGAAUCAGCCGCCCCCUGGUGGCGGUGGUGGCCCUGCGAAUCCUGGAUGGGGAGGAGGUUUGCCAGGUGGGAAGCAACAACAGCCUAUGCAGUACGCAUAAAUUACUGCCUGGUGUUGUUGAUUGAGAAGGCGAGUGGAAGUUAUAAGACGAGCUUUGGUUGAGGAUAUACCAAAAUUGUAUCAACAGAUAUGGGUCUUAGGAUAUAUCAGGCCGGAAAGAGGAAGGGUUCGGAGACGGCUUGGGAUGGAGUUUCAUAAUGGAUCAUUGGAAUGGGUUGAUGCUUUUGGUGAAAUUUUGAUUUUGGGCAAGAAUCAAGUUGGGCCUUUUAUUUUUAGGAAGGAUUAUUAAUGAAUCAUUGUUCUCCAUAUCCUGA